GCUCAUUCAACGCGGUCCCCAGCCUGCGUUUCAGUGGAUCCUGCAACGAAGCCGGGAUUUCUGUUUGGUACGUUGAUGCAGAGUUAAUCUCAAACAAAACAAGAGAAGGGCAAAUUGGGCGGUAAUGAGAAAGGUCCAGGCGACCUCCAUUAUUCUAGGUCGUGAUACGCUCGGGCCCCGGCCCAGCUGGGGGUUGGGGUGUUCGCCCCAACCCCUCAAGGUCGUAGCACUGCGAGCAAUGCGGCGGGAUGCAUAAAAACACCACAGGCUGGCAGUACCACUUCACCUCUCUCCACUGCAGAGCGAGAUGUCUUCCGUGCCCUUCACACGUACGGCAGAGGCGCCUCGGGCGUACGCCAAAGUAUCUCUUCAAGUUCAGUCGUCGAAAGACCUACCUGAGGAGGAGCCUAUCAACCUCAACAUCCCCGACAACUAUGUGCAAUGGGUCCUCAAGAACCAGAAGGAGCGCCCUCCUAUCACAUGGCAGACGCUAUGGGGCGAAUUGAACUACCUCAGUUUGUCUAUCUUGACCAUCCCGCCUGCUAUGGCCAUCUGGGGCAUCUGCAACGUCAACCUCCACUGGGAGACCGCUAUGUGGGGUGUCAUAUAUUACUUCGUGACCGGCCUAGGGAUUACGGCUGGAUACCAUCGCCUCUGGGCACACAGGUCGUAUAACGCCUCGAAGCCUCUCCAGUACGCCCUUGCCAUGGCGGGUGCCGGCGCCGUGGAAGGGUCGAUCAAAUGGUGGUCCCGCGGCCAUCGUGCCCAUCACCGCUAUACCGACACGGACCUCGACCCGUAUGACGCCAACAAGGGUUUUUGGUGGUCGCAUGUCGGCUGGAUGCUCGUGAAGCCGAGGCGCAAACCUGGCGUCGCCGACGUCAGCGAUCUCAGCAAGAGCGCGGUCGUCAAGUGGCAGCAUCGUUGGUACCUAUACCUCAUCCUCGGCAUGGGCUUCGUCUUCCCUACGGCUGUUGCCGGCCUGGGGUGGGGUGACUGGGCAGGCGGAUUUUUCUAUGCCGCGACGGCACGUCUAGUCUUCGUGCACCACUCAACGUUCUGCGUCAACUCCCUCGCACACUGGCUCGGGGAAACGCCGUUCGACGACAAGCACACGCCGCGCGACCAUAUGAUCACGGCGUUUAUCACGAACGGUGAGGGUUACCACAACUUCCACCACCAGUUCCCGAUGGACUACCGCAACGCCAUCAAGUGGUAUCAAUAUGACCCGACCAAGUGGUUCAUCUGGGUCUGCUCGGUACUUGGCCUCGCGAGCCACUUGAAGAUGUUCCCCGACAACGAAGUGAAGAAGGGCCAGCUGACCAUGCAGCUCAAGCGUCUGAAGGAGACGCAGGACCACCUGCAGUUCGCUCCGGAUCACAACGACUUGCCGGUGAUCAGCUGGGAUAGCUUCCGGGAGCAGGCUCAGAAGAGAGCGUUGGUUAUUAUCGCGGGCUUCAUCCACGACGUCUCAUCGUUAAUUGACGAGCAUCCCGGCGGCCGCCACCUGAUUCUCAAGUACGUCGGGAAGGAUGCUACGACGGCCUUCUUCGGCGGUGUCUACAACCAUUCUAAUGCUGCGCACAACUUGCUGUCCAUGAAGCGUGUGGGCGUCCUUCAUGGCGGAGUUCAGCACGGGUUGGACGACAAAAACAUCCCGCCUGCGCAGCGUCUGCGAGUCGCGCGGUACAGUGAACUACUAUCCUCCUCGGGUAGCGCUUCUUCAACAGCGUGCUCAGAUGUCGACGAGGAAACCCUGUUAGGUUGAUACGCUAUCGAAUGAUGAUAUGUAACGAGAUGAACCUACUCGCCUCUCCCUACGAAAUGACAUGCUCCCGACCAAGCUUCUUCAGUCAACCUUCAGUUGACAGUGACACAGCAGUGCCAGUCAAUUACAAUGGCAUCGCCUUGACGUAGC